AUGAAUGGUUCGGUUGAUUAUACCAACGCAAACAAGACUACCGAUAUUCGUCGAGUCUCAACUUUUGGCCUUACGACUUUCCUUAUCACAGCAAUUUUUCUUCUACCGGUUGGUGUUAUUGGGAACCUAAUGGUCAUUGUAGUCGUAAGAAAGAGGCGAUAUCUUCAAACCAAGACGAACUUCUUACUUGCAAAUUUGGCGGCGUGUGACUUGGUGGCAAAUAUUCUUGGUUACACAUGGGGAGUAGCGUCCGCUUUUCCCAUUCCAAACAUGACCCUGGGUGUUAUAAUUUGCAAGAUUAACUCAAUUUAUCCUGCUGCAUCUGGGUGUUCUGCCUUUAUACUGACUAUUAUCGCUCUGGAACGCUAUAGCGCUAUCGUGAAACCACUGAACACUCGCUUCAAGUUAAAAAAACGGACCCUUCGCUAUUUUAUCUUGGCUAUUUGGAUUUUUGUCCUAGCUGCUGUGAUUCCUUUAGUGUACUUCGCUGACUACAAUGUUGGUUCGACUUACCGCUGUGGUAGAACUUGGGGUACAACUGCCAAAGCCACAUUCUGGACAACUGGGUUUAUAAUUUUUGUUGUGGUCCCUCUUAUAGUUAUGUUGUUCUGUUAUGUUCAAAUAAUACGCGCGCUGUAUUUCGGGACAAGGAUUGUGCCGAUGAAUAUCCCAGCUGAAGUUGAUGCAAGGGAAAAGAAACGAGUAAUACAACUAUCCAUUAUAGUGACUGUCGUGUUCAUUGUUACCUACUUACCGUUUGCAAUUGUUAAAGAACUUGAGAUGCGUAUUUCUUUAUCGAACAGAGUGAGAGCUUUUUCACUCCUAUCUGUACUUCUCUCUUCUAUCUUAAAUCCAUUUAUUUAUGCUUUCCAAAGCUCUAACUACCGCAGGGCCUUUAAAGAGAUUAUAUGUUUAAUACAGAGAUAG